AUGACAGCGUGGUUGCUGUGUGGGCUGGGCAUGGCGGCAUGGGGAGCCUACUGGAAGCACUCGCAGUACGAGAGCCGCAGGGAGGAGGCGCUGGGCGUUUGGUGCAAGGAGCGCGCCCUCAUGCUGCAGCAGCUCGUGCUGACCCAUGUCGGGCAGAUGCAAACCCUCACAGGCAUCAUAUCAGUGAUGGGCAGGCCGGGGCGGAGGGGCAAGUGGGGGUUGGACGUGUGUUUGAAUGGCAGCACCUGGGAGGCCUACCUUACUUCCACCGCCUACGCCCGCCCAGGCAACACGGGGGCAACUGCGUGUGUCUUUGUCACGGACCAGGAGAGGGCGACCUUUGAGCGACUAUACGGUACCAUCAUGGACAACACCAAGAACGUCAGCGCCCACCGCCCCAUCUACUGCCCCAAGCUCCUAGAUUUCUCCACAGUCGUUGCAGCCAAUGGCUCGUGGCACAUCGACCUCAUGAAGCGAUUUGUUACAGAGAUUCCCCUUGCCGUGGCGGGAAAGGCGCUCUUUACGUGGCCGUAUCCCAUGGCUAAUUCUACCGACCAUGCUGGAUUCGGCUUGAGUUUUCCUCUUCGGCGCACUGUCUCUCCGACCAACACAAGCAAGGUGGCUGUUUCGACAGUGUACGGGCUGCUUGUGCCUCUAUUCAACGUCGCUCCGACCAACACAAGCAGGGCGGCUGUUUCGACAGUGUAUGGCACACUUGCAGCUUCCGUUGACGUGACAUCCAUUGCACAGAAGGUUCUGGGAGAGUUGUAUGCACCUGAUUCAUCCAAAUCAUUCGAGAUGUACGAUGUCACAGACCCGUCCUCUCUCUUCGCCAUUGUCUCACCGGUCCCCCCACACAUCUACUUCCGCCCCAACGACUCUCGCCCCUACAUGCUGCCCUCUCCUCUCUCCGAAACUCGCCCCUGGGAAGCACCGGCGGUGGUGCCUCUAGAUCAGUUGGGGGCGGGCGUGCGCAAAUAUGAGGCGUGGUGCCGAAACACACAACCUUCCAACGCGUGGCAAUCAUGGGGCAUCCCCACCCUCAUUGCCCCUUUUACCCUCCUCCUCGUGCUGCUCGUGCUGGUGGCGGCACGGAUUCAGCGAGCCCAGUUCUUCCAGACGCAGCAGCAGAUGGCAGACGCAGACAAACUGAGGAAGGAAGCGGAGGGCGCAGAGGCAUCAAAGAGCAUGUUCGUGGCGUGCAUGUCUCAUGAGCUGAGGACACCAAUGAUGGGGAUCAUUGGCAUGCUCGAUACUCUAGCAGACAUGACUCUUCAGCCCCCUGAACUAUCAGACCUCCUAACAGCACGGGGUUGCACGAUGGAUGCACUGCAUCUGGUCAACCGCGUGUUGGACCUGGCGAAGCUGGAGGCAGGCAAGGCGGUGGUGGAUGAGGCGGUGGUAGACGUGAGGGAGUGGCUUCAUGCUGCUUUGGACUGGCACAUAGAGGAAGCACGCUCUCAGGGGAUUGAAUGUGAGUGUUCAGGACACUGUGUGGACGACGAUGUUCCCACGUACAUUAUUGCCGACUGGAUGCACCUCUCCAAGGUUCUCAAAGAGAUUAUUGAUAACGCAGUCAAGUUCACGGAGCAAGGCCACGUGACAGUGCGGGUGUCCCUAUUUCCACAAGGGACAAGUUUGCAAGACACCCUUCAUCUCCAGGGCCUUUCCACAGCCGCCCCUCACGCACCCACUUCCACACUCACCAGCUGGAAGGCUGUCUGGUCUUCCUCAUCAUGGGUCUGGCUGAAGGACACCUUCAAGCAAUUGCCAGCAGCAGCAGCAGCAAGUGUGGCGAGAAACACACUAUGUGGAUCGAGGGAGGGGAGUCCUGAGCCGGGGGAAGGGGAUCAGGCGGGUGUGCUGGUGGUGUCGUGCCGGGAUUCGGGGUGCGGCCUGCCAGUGUCUCUCCUGGGAGUCCACAGCAGAAAGGAGGUUUCACACUUCUCCCUCCCGGAGUUGCACGAGGCAGGGAGUGGGUCAGGAGCAUCGCUUGGUCUCGUGCUCAUGCACCAGAUGGUGACUCUAAUGAAGGGAGAGAUCGCCUGUGCUUCCCAGCCUGGCUGUGGAUCCACUGUGGCCCUUUCCGUACCCGUGGCCGUUCCCUCGAUACAAGAACACCCCUCGAUACAAGAGCACUGCUCAGACGAGGAACCAGAAGUGUUGGAGUCGCAAGAAUUGCCGAGUCAGCAGCAGCAAGGGGAGGCGCCAUGGUUCUCCGAAAUCACUGCCGCAACCACCGGGCUACGGGCGGCGGCGGAUGAGGCGGUGACGCGGGCGUGGGUGGGAGGGCUGCGAGUGCUCGUGGUGGACGACACGCCCGUCAACCUCCUCGUGGCCCGCCGCUCCCUCGCCCGCUGGGGCGCCCGAGUCACCACUGCUGCCACCGGCCAGGAAGCUGUUGAGAUUAUCACUGCGGGCCUCACCCGCUGGGGCGCCCGAGUCGCCACCGCCUCCCGAGGGGAGGAGGCAGUUGAAUUGAUCGCUGCUGGCUUGCAGCAGGGAAGGCAACAGCAAGCAGUUGCCUUGCAGAGUGCUGAGCUGGAAGGAGGGAAAGGGGAGGAAGAGGGGAGAGGAGGGGCUGGUGAACUAGUUAGAGCAGGAGCAGGGGGUGCUGGUAAGAUGGUUGAGAGUAGAGGCAAGGGGAUGGCAGAUGGGAUGGCUGGGAAUAGUGCAGAGGGGAUGGCAAUUGAAACAUUGGGGGAUGGAAGAGGAGGGGAUGGAAGAGGAGGGGAUGGAAGAGGAGGGGAUGGAAUGGGCGGGGAUGGAAGAGGAGGGGAUGGAAGAGGAGGGGAUGGAAUGGGCGGGGAUGGAAGAGGAGGGGAUGGAAUGGGCGGGGAUGGAAGAGGAGGGGAUGCAUCAUGGUGUCAUGCGUUCGACUUGGUUCUCAUGGACCUGCAGAUGCCAGGCAUGGACGGGUUCGCAGCAACAGAUGCAAUCCGAGCGCUCGAAAGAAAGCUUAUUUUGGAGAUGAAUCGAGAGGCACAGCAGGGAGGGGAACAGGCAGGGGAGCAGGGAAUGGAGAAGGGAAGGAAGCAGCAAGAAGCAUUGGCUUGCAAGGGACAUUUGGGAGAACAACAGGGAAACGCACAGCAGAGGGACAUCCGGGAGGGCUUUGGGGGAGAGCAGCAGCUCCUGGGGGUAUGCACAGGCGGGGCGUCAGCUGUGGAGGGGACUGGGGGAGGGGAGAGAAAUUUGUGCAGCAGGAAAUUGGAGGAGAAGGGCGGAUUGAGGGAGGAGAAGGGCGGAUUGAGGGAGGAGAAGGGCGGAUUGAGGGAGGAGAAGGGCGGAUUGAGGGAGGAGAAGGGCGGAUUGAGGGAGGAGAAGGGCGGAUUGGGGGAGGAGAAGGGCGGAUUGAGGGAGGAGAAGGGCGGAUUGAGGGAGGAGAAGGGCGGAUUGGGGGAGGAGAAGGGCGGAUUGAGGGAGGAGAAGGGCGGAUUGAGGGAGGAGAAGGGCGGAUUGAGGGAGGAGAAGGGCGGAUUGAGGGAGGAGAAGGGCGGAUUGAGGGAGGAGAAGGGCGGAUUGAGGGAGGAGAAGGGCGGAUUGAGGGAGGAGAAGGGCGGAUUGAGGGAGGAGAAGGGCGGAUUGAGGGAGGAGAAGGGCGGAUUGAGGGAGGAGAAGGGCGGAUUGAGGGAGCUUCUAGAGCUGGUUCCUCUGCUCUGA